AUGUCUAGCCCCACCGACCUCAGCAACUCCCCUCCCGUGGAGAAAGUGUCGACUGACGAUGAGAAGGCCGUUGCCUACGACUCGGCUUACGCUGUCGAGGAGAAGAGAUGGUACAACACCGGUUUGAAGGUGUUUGGCUACCAAUUCCCUGCCUAUAAUCAGGGAUACGUCCAAAUGAUCAUGGUUUCGUUUGUAUGUUUCCUGUGUCCUGGUAUGUACAAUGCUCUGUCUGGUCUUGGAGGAGGUGGUUUGCCUGCUCAAUUCAUCAAAACUGCUGAUGACUCCAACAGUGCUUUGAACGCUACUUUUGCUGGUCUUGGUUUCUUCUCGGGUACUAUUAUCAACCGUAUUGGUGUUAAGUGGGCCAUCUCUAUUGGUGGAGCCGGUUAUGCCAUUUAUUCUGGAUCUUAUUUGUGUUUCAACCAUACUGAAAACAAGGGUUUUGUCAUUGCUGCUGGUGCCAUUCUUGGUAUGUGUGCUGCCAUGUUAUGGGCUUCUCAGGGUAUUGUCAUCAUGGCCUACUCUACUGAAGAGCAAAAGGGUAGAUUUGUGGCUAUUUUCUGGGCCAUUUUCAACGUCGGUGCUGUCAUUGGUUCUCUUGUUCCUUUGAUCCAAACUGCCGGUUCUGAUCAAUCUACUGCUGUUUCCGAUGGUACUUAUGCCGGAUUCUUGGCUCUCAUGGUUGUAGGUGCUCUUCUUGCUCUUUUGUUGAUGCCUACUUCCAAGGUCGUCAAGUCUGAUGGUACCAAGGUCAUUAUUAAGGAGAACCCUACUUGGUGGUCUGAGAUCAAGGGUCUUUUCUUGGUUCUCAAGGUCGACCCUCAUAUCAUUUUGUUGUUCCCUCUUUUCUUCACCUCCAACUGGUUCUAUACCUAUCAAUUCAACGCUGUGAACGCUGCCAGAUUCAACAUCCGUACUAGAGCUUUGAACGAGCUUCUUUACUGGGCCUCUCAAAUUAUCGGAGCUCUUACCUGGGGUUUGUUACUCGAUGUCAAGUUUGCUGCUCGUAGCGUCCGUGCCAGAUACUACCACGGAGCUCUUUUCGUGCUCACUAUGGCUAUCUGGGGAGGUGGUUAUGCAUUCGAGAAGACCUACACCCGUGAGACUGCUGUUGAGAUGGCUUUGCUCGACUGGUCCGACGGCAGAGCUUACGUUGGCCCCAUGUUCUUAUACAUGUUCUACGGAAUGUACGAUGCUAUCUGGCAAACCUACGCCUACUGGCUCAUGGGAUCUCUUUCCAACUCCUCCAGAAAGCUUGCCUUGUACGCUGGUUUCUACAAGGGUCUUCAAUCUGCUGGUGGUGCUGUUAUGUGGAGACUCGACUCCAACGGACUUUCCUACCUCGCCGAGUUUGCCUCUUCCUGGGGUCUUUUGCUGGGUUCUCUCCUCAUUGCUUUCCCUGUCGUUUGGUUCAAGGUUCUUGACCACGCCGACCUCGAGUCCGACGGUAUUUUCACCGACGGUCUCCACGCCGAGGAGGUCGAGGCCAAGUUCGGUGCCCAUCACGACGAGGUCAUCGCCCACCACGACGAGACUGCCAACUAA